CAUGUCAAGUGUCCAUAGAUUGGCUUAAUGUCAUGCGCGAGUAUAUGCGUAUAAUAUAUAUGUGUUGAUAUAUACUUUAUAAUAUUUUACAAUCGCAGGAAACAGCGAUUAAUUUGUGACUAUUUCAACAAUUUAAAUAUAAAGUUAAUGACUGUACAUAUUUAGGUUAUUUAAAAGCCACGUAUGUAUAUAUGUUUGAAAAAUAGGUUACACAUGAAUAAGUUACAUAAUUGAAUAAAACGAGAAAUAAUAUCGACGAAAAAAAUGAAGCAACAAAUAAUUGAUUCCAAAGUAAAUCCUAAUGCAACUGGAGAAGCUGACGAUUGUCUCUUUGAAUAUUUGCAUGCCGAACUGGUCAAUUAUGUUCUGAGUAAAUCAUCUAAUACUGCAGAAGGCGAAGAAGAGCUCUCGCGUUUGGAAUGGAUGGGAUUCAGUGUUGGAUACAGGAUUAUUGAACGAUUAACAAGAGAAUGGAGCAGAUUCAAGGAUGAACUGGAUAUGAUCAAGUUUAUUUGCACAGAUUUUUGGUCCAGUUUAUAUCACAAACAAAUCGAUAAUCUCAGAACUAAUCAUCAUGGAGUUUAUGUGCUACAAGAUAAUGCCUUCAGAUUAUUAGAUAAAGUUGGUACAAGUAACAGCAAGCAGUAUCUUAAAGAGAGUCCUCGUCUGCUGGCCUUCACUUGUGGUCUCCUCAGAGGUAGUUUAGCAAAUCUUGGUAUUAUCAGUACUGUUACAGCAGAAACUACUACAUUACCAAGCUGUAAGUUUCAUGUUCAAGUUCAAAAAAUUUAAUAGCUGCUCUAUUAUGAUUUGAAAAACAAAAAGGCAUAGAGAUAUAGGUAUGGAGAUAUGUAAGAAAAAUAUAUAUGAUAAAAUUUUGU